AGCCUGAGCCUAAAGCAUAAAAAAGAUUACGUCACAAUUUAUGGCUGGCACGACUUUAGUCACGCGGAUAAGGAGCGCCUGUAUCGAUGACGUGGCUUCUCCCUUGCGUGUGCCACGUCGGUCCAUCGCCACUUAUGUCAGCACUACUCGGGAACGGUAUGCCUCCCUAGUGGAGACUCACGACACGAAAAACCGCAUCGGCGGAGCGAUCGAUCGAUGAGCUUCUAUGUAAGCCCCGAACGCCCCUUCCACCUCGCAUUCGUCUCUCUUACGCUCUCAGAGAUCCUUGGAUGGUGAAUGAGCUCCUCCCCUCGUACCGGGACGCGGCGCAGACAGUGGCGUCGCGCGUGCGGGACCUACUCUCACGCAUGACAUUCAGGGAGAAGGCCGCCUCGAUGGCCCAGAUCGAGCGCAGCGUUGCCUCCCCCUCCGCCCUCUCCGGCCUCUCCGUCGGGAGCGUCCUCAGCGGCUCUGGGGAUCGCGCCUCCCCCAGCGAUUGGGCCGACAUGAUCGAUCGGAUGCAGCACUGGGCUCUGGCCUCCCGCCUCGGCAUCCCCAUCCUCUACGCCAUCGAUUCCGUCCACGGCCACAACAACCUCUACGGCGCCACCAUCUUUCCCCAUAACGUCGCCCUCGGCGCCAUUAGGAACAUCCACUGCUAGCGCGUGAAGCAAUCAGAAGGUCCUUAGUUUUGUUAAAGAAUGGAAAGGAUCCGAAGAAACCAAUGCUUCCUCUAGAUAAAUAUGCCAGAAGAAUCCUUGUUGAUGGCAGACAUGCUGAUGAUAUUGGGUGCC